AUGAAUACGUCGAUAGAUCCUGAAAAUGUAAAGGCUGUUUUAGCGACACAAUUUGCCGACUUUGAUCUAGGGCCAGUGCGGAUAGGGGCCCUCUGGCCUAUGCUUGGGAAAGGCAUAUUUACACAAGAUGGUCACGAAUGGAAGGUAACAAGGGAUAUGAUGAGACCCCAGUUCAAUCGGGAUCAGAUGAGUGAUUUCGAGUUGGAGGAGAAGCAUGUCCAGAACUUGAUGAGAGCUAUAGAUACCAGACUUCAGGGUGACUGGACCGAAGAGACCGAUCUACAAGUUCUUUUCUUUCGAUUGACCAUGGACUCUGCAACAGAAGUUCUACUUGGACAGUCUGCUAAUACCCAGCUUCUCAAUCUACCAGAAAAUCAAUCAAAAGCCUCGGGUACCAGAAUAGAUUUUGCGGCCGAGUUUGACAACGCUUUAUCUUGGGUUUAUACUCGUGGCCGUUUUGCUGAUAAUUAUUGGCUGGUCACCAGCAAAGACUUCAGGAAUUCUUGCAACAAAUGCAACGAAUAUGUCGAUUAUUUUGUUCAGCUUGCUCUUGAUAGAAACUCACUGGCCAAAGAUCAAGACAAAGAUGAUUCAACCGCCACCAAGAAGAGAUAUAUAUACCUGGACGCCCUUGCAAAGGAAACACAAGAUCCAAUUGAGCUUCGUUCUCAGUGCUUACAUUUAAUGCUAGCAGGUAGAGACACGACGGCCUCGUUACUAGGAUGGUUGUUUCUUUUAUUCGCUCAAAAUCCCAAUCAAUACCAAAAGCUGCGCAAUAUCGUUAUCGAAAACUUUGGAACAUACGAAAAUCCUUUGAAAAUAAACUUCACGGACCUCAAAAAUUGCCGAUAUCUCCAACAUUGUUUGAAUGAAGCUUUGCGAGUUUAUCCACUUGUACCUUUUAGCGUGAGACAAGCAAACAAGGACACGACCCUACCACAUGGCGGUGGAAAGGAUGGAAAAUCGAAAGUCUUUAUUCCAAAAGGGCCAAUAGUCGAAUACAGUGUUUUCGUCAUGCAUCGUAGAAAGGAUAUAUGGGGUGAUGACGCUGAGGAGUUUCGACCUGAGAGAUGGGAUGGGAGUUUUUACCUACUAAUCACUGACGUUGAAAAGUUUAAUGGCGGUGCAAGGAUUUGUAUCGGGCAGCAAUUUGCCUUGAAUGAAGCCGGUUAUGUUACUGUAAGACUUCUCCAAAGGUUUGAUAGAAUUCGAGAUAUGGCAACGGACCCAGUCGUGAAACAUGAAGUCAAACUCACAGUUUCCUCCGCCAACGGUGUUAAAGUCAAGUUACAUGCUUCCACUGUGUAUCCAGUAUCAUGUGAAAUACUUUUCAUUUCUCAUUUUCCUCAAUUGUUCUUGGAAAAUUGGCAAUUUUGCACAACUGGGUAG